AUGUCCUCUGGCAGCACUGGCAGUUCUGGUAAAUUUCAGCCUAAAGGACAAGAACGGAUAUACGAACCACCACCAUCUAAUGCAUUGAUCGUACAUCAAAAGAUUAUGGCAGCCGAGGAAGCGGAGAGAGCUGCUGCCAAACGCGCUGCGAGCGCGCAAGGAGCAGAGACUAGAAAUUUACAGCCUCAGAAAGGGGAACCCAAAAGCAGGAAUAAAUCAAAGAGGGAGACAAAAAUGGACUCGAAAGAAGCCAGUCGCAAACGUGUAAGUCAAGAGAAUGACAGAAGCGGAGAAAUAACCUCAUUGAAGUACGCAGGAGAAAUGUGUCCUGCUUUAAGGUCCUGGGCUGCAACAAAAGAACCUGUUGAAGCGAAUCGAAGCGUGUAA